AUGACAGAUAAAGCAGAAAAAGCACAAUCGACUUAUCCAGUAGCAUCAGUAAUGUCACCAUCCAAUAAUCUGGUCAAGGCGGAUGAUGAUGGUGUCGUGGCUAGAUUAGAAGAAAUGGGCUAUAAACAAGAAAUGAAAAGAAAUUUAGGAAUGAUAAGUGUUUUAGGAUUAAGUUUCGCUAUUAUGGCUGUUCCAUUCGGUACUUCAACCACGUUGAAUAUAGCUUUAACGGAUGGUGGACCAGUUACUAUCUUGUAUGGUUGGAUUUUCGUGUCAUUCGUCUCUUUGGCUAUAGCAGCUAGUUUAGCUGAGAUUUGCUCGGUAUUCCCUACUUCUGGCGGUGUUUAUUAUUGGUCGGCAAUGCUAUCGACUCCUAAAUAUAGUGCAUUCGCAAGCUACCUAACAGGAUGGUUGGGGACCGUAGGAAAUUGGACUGUCACAGCUUCAAUCACUUUUGGUGGAUCUCAAAUUAUCUUAGCUGCAGCAACGCUAUAUCAUGAAGAUUGCGUCCCAACUAAAUGGCAAACUUGUCUAGUGUAUUGGGCAGCUCUUUUAGGUUCUUUAUUGAUCAACAUCUUCUUCGUCAAAUACCUAGACAAACUGAACACGGUUUGUCUCUACUGGACUGGUAUAUCCGUAGUAAUAAUCAUUACUCUACUCAGUAUGGCAGAUCAUCGAAAUUCUGGCAAAUUCGCCUUUUCUCACUUCGACGCGACUAAUUCCGGAUGGCCUGGAGGAUGGGCUUGGUUCGUAGGACUCCUUCAAGCUGCCUAUACGCUUACUGGAUACGGCAUGGUCGCUUCCCUGUGUGAAGAAGUCAAAGAGCCUGCUCGUGAAGUACCAAGAGCAAUGGUCGCUGCAGCUGCUAUCACUGGUCUGAUAUAUCUCCUACCUAUCAAUUUCGUCUUACCCGAUAUUCAACCGUUAUUGGAAGUUGCAAGUCUUCAGCCAAUGCCUCUCCUGUAUAAGACCGUAACCGGAAGCCCUGGAGCUGCAUUAGGAUUACUAUUCCUCAUCUUGGGAAUUUGGGUAUUCGCAACUAUCGGUUCUUUGACAGCAGCUUCUAGAUGUACAUGGGCUUUCUCACGUGAUGGUGGUAUUCCAGGUUCAGGCUGGUGGAAGGUUGUCAACCCUCGUUUCGGUAUACCAAUCAACUCCUUGAUUCUUUCAACUAUUGUUUGUGCUUUGCUAGGAUUAAUCUACCUAGGAAGUGAUGCUGCUUUCAACGCUUUCACAGGUGUGGCUACGAUCUGUCUGGGAUGCUCUUAUGCUUUCCCCGUUCUUUGUUCUUUGCUCAGAGGUAGAAAAAUAGUUAAGGAUGCACCUUAUUCAUUAGGAAAAGCUGGUUUCGCCAUUAACGUCAUCACAGUCGUAUGGAUUUCAUUUUCAAUUAUCCUUUUCUGUAUGCCUACCGCUAUCCCUGUGACCGAUCCCUCUUCAAUGAACUACGCAAGUGUAGUAUUUGCUGGAUUUUCAAGUAUAGCAGCUAUCUGGUAUGCUGUCAACGCCAGAAAACACUAUCACGGACCAACUUUAUCUGCCGUCAGGAUGGAAUCUCCUCUCGCAUAA